UACUGUUUUGCCUUUGUAAUGCUUGAAAAAACAUGAAACUGGACCCUUGUUUUUUCUCAGGGAAACAUGUCAUUGCUGUUCUGAGAAAUUGAGGAGAGGAGAUGGUAGUAGAUUUGUGUUUACUGGGUUACCAUUGUUUUGAGCUUUGACGUCUUUGAUUCUGCUCUCCAUUACUUUGAACUACUGAUUAUGUUGGGAAAAUUUGUGGGUGUUUCAAGAUUCCUUUUUGAUCCAGACAUUAGGGUGAAAUGGGUAUCUUGUAACUGAAUGCUGAACGCUAUGGAUACUUUUGUCCUAGUUCAGGGGUUAUGUCAUGCCAAAAUUUGGAGACUGCUUUUGAUCAUUGGGAUUGCAGUUGUUGUGAUUGUCUUCCAGUGUUUUGCACUUUCUUAUCAGGGAAGAUCUUCUCCUCAGUCUGCUAAAGAGGAGUCUGUAGAUAUGCUGGUUAACAAUGCCACUCUAUUUAGCAAUUUAAGAUCAACUAAACCCUAUACAUUUGGUGUGGUAAUGAAUAAUACUAUUGGCUUCUAUUCUCAGGAAGAAACUGAUUAUGGGAACAAAAAUGGGGCAGCAAAUUUGGUUUAUUAUCCUGAAUCGGAUAUUAGCAAAAACCUGGAUGACUCUUACCGCAAUGAGUUUACAAAGAAGCAGAGUAUAGUGAUUAAGGACAUUACAAUUGCAGGAAAUUCUAAGGGCAUUGGAAACUCGAAUGUGAAUUAUGACAUUUCUAGCUCAUUCCUCAAUGGCAGGAUGUCUUCAGCAGGCAGUGUGGAACAAACCACAGGAACACAAGGCAAGAAUCCUAACCUGUCACCAAUUGUAUCAGCUAUUUUAACCAAUAAUUCUGUGUCAUCUACUCCAUUAUUGAAGAGCUGGAAGAUGCAGCCAGUCUCAAUAUCCCGGAUGAAUUCGAUAUUGCUCCACAGUGUUGUUUCUUCUCGUUCUGUGCGGCCACGACGGUCUUCUGUACGUGAUCGUGAACUUCUAUCUGCAAAACAGAAAAUUGAGAAUGCUGCUAUUUCAAGAAACACUCCUGGACUUUAUGCCUCAGUUUAUUGGAAUAUUUCCAAGUUUAUAAGGAGUUAUGAUCUGAUGGAGGACAUGCUUAAAGUUUACAUCUAUAAAGAAGGAGCAAAGCCUAUAUUCCAUCAGCCGAAGAGGAGGGGAAUUUACGCCUCAGAAGGGUGGUUUAUGAAACUGAUGGAGGGAAACAAAAAGUUUGCUGUGAGGGACCCCAGAAGAGCUCACUUGUUUUACUUACCCUUCAGCGCAAGUAUACUAAGGACUGCACUUGGGCAAAAUUUUCAAGGCUACAAGGACCUACAGCAAUACCUGAAGAACUAUGUUGAGUUAAUUGGGGGAAGAUAUAGAUUCUGGAACAGAACUGAUGGGGCUGAUCAUUUUCUUGUUUCUUGUCAUGAUUGGGCCCCCAAAUUGACAAAGUAUAUGAGGAACUGUCUCAGAGUUCUUUGCAAUGCCAAUGCUGCUAAGGACUUUAAAAUAGGCAAGGAUACUACCUUACCAGUUACAUACAUACGUUCUGCAGAGGCCCCUCUAGAAGAUCUUGGAGGAAGACCUCCCUCAGAACGACCUACCCUAGCCUUCUUCGCAGGGAGUAUGCACGGUUAUCUUCGACCAAUUCUGCUACAGCACUGGGAGAACAAAGAACCUGACAUGAAAAUCUUUGGACCAAUGCCUCGUGACAUUGAAGGCAAAAAAAAAUACCGUGAGCACAUGAAGAGUAGCAAGUAUUGCAUAUGUGCCAGGGGAUACGAAGUCCACACUCCAAGAGUAGUUGAGGCCAUUUAUCAUGAAUGUGUGCCAGUUAUCAUAUCAGAUAAUUACGUGCCUCCUUUCUUUGAGGUAUUGAACUGGGAGACAUUUUCAGUUUUUGUUCAAGAGAAAGAUAUCCUGAAUUUAAGAAACAUUCUGCUCUCUAUUCCAGAAAAGAAGUACUUAGAGAUGCAAACAAGAGUAAAGCUGGUGCAGCAGCAUUUCCUUUGGCACAAAAAGCCUGUGAAGUAUGACUUAUUUCAUAUGAUCCUUCACUCAGUAUGGUACAAUAGAAUUUUUCAGAUAAAAUCCAGAUGAGUGUAAAGUACUAAGGUCUUGUUUUGAUGUAGUUUGUAAAUAAUUAGUUGAUGUACUCAAAUUAAACUGUUUAUGUUCUG